AUGGCUAAAACAGGCGACAUCGACCAACAGUCCGUUGGUCCACACCCAACAAGUCACUCGGCCGUACAAGACUCGGUCGGAAGCAAAGAUGGCGUCUAUGUCCAGACACAGCAGUUCAACGAUAGCGCUUCCGACUUACAGGGACACAAUCCGUUCGCGGACCCAGAGGUCGCGGAGCGCUACGCUAUGAUCUAUGAGAAGGCACAGUACGAGUGUCGACACGUCUUUGAUCCGACCCUCACGUGGACCCCGGAGGAAGAGAAAGCGUUGGUUCGCAAGCUGGACUGGCGUGUGUGUCUGUGGGCUUGUGUGAUGUUCUUUGGUCUUCAGGUUGACAGAGGCAAUCUCGUCCAAGCGGUGUCAGAUAAUUUGCUGAAUGACCUUGGGUUGACGACUGAUAACUACAACACCGGUAACACUAUCUUUCUCGUCUCCUUUCUGCUUGCAGAGUUACCGUCGCAAUUGGUGUCCAAGAAGAUGGGGCCGGAUCGGUGGAUCCCGAUGCAGAUGACCCUUUGGUCUAUCGUUGCAGCAGCCCAGGCUGGCUUGACUGGAAAGCGGACUUUCUACGCUACGAGAGCGCUUCUGGGGAUUCUCGAGGGUGGCUUUAUUCCUGAUAUUGUUCUGUGGUUGUCGUACUUCUAUACCAGCAGAGAACUCCCGACUCGUUUAAGUAUCUUUUGGACUGCUCUUUCAACCACUACCAUUAUCACCUCAUUCAUUGCAUUCGGAGUCCUUCAUAUGCGGGGCAUCCAAGGUAUGGCCGGCUGGAGGUGGCUUUUCCUUAUUGAAGGGCUGAUCACACUCCUCGUCGGUCUGGCCUCGUUCUUUCGCAUGCCUGCCUCUGCCGUCGACACAAAGAAGUGGUUCCGCCCCAAGGGAUGGUUCACGGAUCGGGAAGUCAGCAUCGUGGUGAACCGGGUCCUUCGAGACGACCCUUCCAAAGGGGACAUGCAUAAUCGGCAGCCCAUCACCCCUCGCCGCCUCUGGAACUCCCUGCGCGACUACGACCUCUGGCCCAUCUACAUCCUCGGCCUGAUCGUCUACAUUCCCCAAACACCCGUUUCGGCCUACAUUACGCUCACACUUAAAAGUGUCGGCUUCAGUACGUUCACCACGAACCUCCUCACCAUCCCUUCCAGCGUUGGCCACAUCAUCACCCUCCUCCUCCUAACCCGCCUGAGCGAAUAUCUCAACGAACGCACCUUCGUCGCCAUGCUCCAAAGCAUCUGGACCCUACCCUGCGUCAUCGCCCUGCGCUUCUGGUCCGGCACCAUGACCAACGCGUGGGGCACCUUCGGCCUCGUAACGACGCUGCUAUGCUACCCGUACUGCCACGCGAUUCUGGUCGGGUGGAUCUCGAAGAACUCAAACAACGUGGGCACACGAACGAUCUCCGCGGCGCUGUACAACAUGUUCGUCCAAGUCGGCGGCAUCAUCGGGAACAACAUCUACCGUACAGACGACCAACCCAAGUACCGUCGGGGAAACUCCGUGCUUCUGGGCAUCAACGUCCUCGCGAUCGUGCUGUUCUUGCUUACGAAGGUCUAUUAUGUUCUGCGGAACAAGCAUAGGGAUAAGGUUUGGAAUGCUAUGACGGAGGAGCAACGACAGCAUUACAUCAAUACCACGACGGAAACUGGGAGCAAGCGGUUGGAUUUCCGAUUUGCGCAUUGA